AUGGAUCUCUUAUGGGCUGUCUUAUACGCCAGUGUCGUGGCUGUAGAGAUCAUAUUUGUCCUCUUGGUUAUCAUCUUGACGAUGCUCGGACUACACCUUCUCCGCAUGUUUUUGACCGCCGUCACGGGUAAUAAUUCCAAACCGUUAGAGGCCUCAAGUCAGGUGGAAGAAGAGCAAAAGUACGAUACAUCUAAUAAGAUUCUAAGUGAUGUAACCGAGAUUAGAUCAAAGAUUUCACAAAUUGAGCUUGAUGUUCUGAAAAUUAAGCAAGCGGUUUCUGUUUUACAAGUGAAGAUUGAAAGUCUCGAAAGCAAACAGGAUGCGACUCUCUCCGAACUAAGCAGGGGUGUUCUUGGACCCUGCUUAAAAAUGAAACCUUGGCCCUGGGAACUCGAUUUUUGA